AUGUCAAAUAGUUAAAUGUGGACAUGAUUUUUUCUUAUGAUCCCAACUCGUUUUUCAAGAUUUUCAAUUCUUUCCAACAUAUGAUAUACUGUAUAUAAGUAAACUUCGUUCUCACUUUCCUUCACCAAUUAAUAAGUUUAUGCAAAUAUCAUCAACAUUAUCUUCUUCAAAAUUCUCCAAAAAUUUGAAAUGAAGAGAAGUGGAAAAAGUGUGGCGAAUAAAAUAGAACGAAAGAUAAUUGAAAAAAAUCGAAGAAUUCGGAUGAAGGGUCUUUGCUUUAAGCUGGUUUCCCUCAUUCCUGAUCACAUUUUUAAAACAGCAAAGGAAUUUUCUUCACAUCUAGAUCAGCUAGAACAGGCAGCUGCUUACAUCAAGAUUCUGAGGGGAAGAAUAGAAGAAUUAGAGAGAAGAAAAAGAGAAGCAAUGAUGAAGAUGGCAACGAAUAGUAAUGGCUUAAAAAAUGCAGCAAAUAUGGGUGAAAUAUCAGAAUUGCCAAUUUUGAAAAUAAAAGAUUUGGGUUGUGAUUUGGAGGUGCUUUUGAUUAGUGGGCUCAAGAAAAAAUUCACGUUGCAUCAAAUUAUCACCAUUCUUGAAGAUGGAGGAGCUCAAGUGGUUAGUCUCAACCUUGCCACUGUUGGUGACAAGAUUUUUCACACUCUUCUUGCUAAGGUUAAGUUUCCGAGGGUUGGCGUGGAUACUUCAAGAAUAACUACGAGGAUGCAUGAAUUGAUUUUGUGAUGUUUCAACAUUGCAUCUUGUAAAAUAUUUUUCUUAUUAGCAUUUGUACUGUAUACUUCACUAUUAAUAUUAUUAUUAUUGUUAUUAUUA